AUGACCGUGUACGAAUUGGACGCAGACGCAACGGCAGAUUACCCACGUCCAGAUUUGAAACGUCACGUGCCCGAGGUAUUUAUCAUUCCGUGUAAUAUGGCCGAAUAUCUUGUUUGGGACAAUGCCUAUCUGAUCGGUCCGGAUGAGAACCGAACACAUUUUAUGGCCUGGAGUCUCAUUCAUGGCCAGGUGGCCUGGCGCAUGAAACCGGACUGGAACGCUGAUCAGUCGGACACACGUGAGAUUCCAGACGUAACGGACAGCACGGACGUGUUGUUGUCAUUGGAAGCCAAGGAGGAAGAUAUGGUUCAAACCCAACCAACAGAAGACGCACAAGAACAACUGACCAUUGAGAAAUACGUUCUCAGUGGAGAUGGUUCUAUGCUUGUGGUCAGCUACAGUCUGCCUCAUUUGUGCGUGUUCUCUCUUCGAGUACAACAACAUGUGGGGAAUUUAAAUGAAGCGUAUGCUCACAUCGGGGAUGAGCUGUCUGCAAACGAAAUCUCUAUUCAUUCUACCCAGACCAAUCCCUCAAUCACGUAUAAUUCUACCCUAACAACUGCUGCUUUGUCUUAUCACGGUCACUGGCUAGCAAAUUCUGAAUUCAGUACCAGACACAGAACCUCGUGUUUGACAUUGUGGUCUCUGCAUGCACUACACACACCAUGUGCCGAGAAACCAUCAGGUCUGACAUGGCAUCGUCGACGAUUGUUAGAUCAACCCGGACUGAUUGCUUUAACAGUGAACGGACCGGAUGGGGUGGUAGUCAGUGCUUGUUUGAACCGUGGACUAUUUGUCUGGUGUCCGCUUCGAGACCGGGCAGUGCACCACUUGCCCACGAGUGAACGACUGGACUACACUGUGAACAAUCCACCGCAUCUUCUGUGCUCUCGGGACGGAAGCAAAUUGAUUGCCGCUAGCGGUUCGCGACUGACACAGAUCUCUGCUUGGUUCCUAUCCGGUAGCGUGGCCACAUCACAACCAACGGUAUGCUUUCUCGGGCAUGCGUUUACAACAAAUUCAAUACUUGAGCUAAAUCUCGCGUUCAAAGAAACCGUUGUUUGCGCACGUGUUCAGGAUGAAGAAAAGCCCUAUUUGUUGCGGGUUAGCUGGCCCAAAAUACACGCUUCACUGUGA